UCUACUCUUCCGUCGGAUAUCAGUUUUGUCAAGACUGUAACCAACAGCGCUUCUGAAGGGAUAAUUCCUCCCCCAGCAAAAGGACAUUUUUAUAUACGCAUCGGAAGGAGAGAGAGAAAAUGGCCAACCAGAAUAACUGGACCCUCAGCAGCUGCUGCUGUGGAUGUUCUCUGCGAACGGGAACUCUCAUCAUCGCCAUCCUCAGUCUGAUCUUCAGUCUGGUUGGGCUCGGGUUUGGCAUCUUCGCUGGAGUAAGUGGUCUGACGGAAGGAUGGCUAGACGUCGGUAUCGAUGUUGUCAACAUUAUCCUGGCCGCAGUUCUCAUUCAUGGAAUCAGGACAGAACGCCGGCCCCUCGUCCUCGUCUGGGUAUGGGCAACGAUCGUCACCGUCAUCCUGACGGUGGCCCUGGGCAUCUUCAUCAUCCUUCUGACGUCAUCCCUCACGGCGGCCGUCAUCCUCUUCAUCUUCGCCGCCAUCCAGAGCUACUUCAUCCUCGUCGUCAGGUCCUACGCCAUCUCGCUGGAGACACCAGAGCUCCCGGUAUCGCGGUAGACUCUACACGACAGGACCAUCACUGAGACGAGAUGAUUUUGCACCACGAAUCCUUGGCGCUGUCGACAUAUAACGGUCUCAGUAAGUC